CACAAGCAUGCUGUGCUGUAUAAGAAGAACAAAGCCGGUGGAGAAGACCGAAGAUGCUGACCAGGAGAUCAAGCAAGAUGGCACCAAACCAGAAGACAAAGCCCACAAGGCUGCCACCAAGAUCCAGGCGAGCUUCCGCGGACACAUAAUCCGGAAAAAAAUGAAGGAUGAUGACAAGGAUGAGGACAAUCCUGCUGCUGAGGCCAAGGCUGAGGAAAAUGAGGAGGAAAAGAAAGAGGAAGAGAAAGCUGCUUCUCCUACUGCAGAGAAACAAGAUGAAGCUGCCAAGGAGGAGGAAAAGGCUACCACUAACUCUCCAGCAGCAGAGGAAAGCAAGGCUGAAGCUCCUGCCACCUCCCCUUCAGAACCUAAACAGGAUGUGAAGGAGGAACCAAAGGAAGCAGAGAAGCCUAAAGAAGCAGGAAGUGCCGAAGCUGAGGCUGCGAAGACCUCAGAGAAUGUAGCUUCAGAGAAGAAAGAGGAGGAAAAGGAGGAGGAGAAGGCAGAAGCCAAACAAGCCGAUGUGCCUGCCACGGCUAGUGAGACAGCUGAUUGUGAAGCCGACGUGAACCAAACACAAGACAAACCAGAUGCUGCAGAAGACUCUGAGCAGGCAGAAGGUGGUGUUUCAGAGGCGGCGAAAGAGGACGACAAGGCCGAGAGUGCUUAAAGAGAACCGCCGUGGCGACAUGAUACGAUAUGAUAUGAUAUGAUAUGAUACCAGAUCAUUAAAUGGUUGCUCUUUGCCCUC